CCGCCCCGAGUGCUGCUCCCGGGGGCACCCCGAUCCCCGCCAGCUCGGGCAGACACAUCCUCUCUGGAGACAAGAGGCCCCGCGCAGGGAAGGAGCCGCCAAGAGCUGUGUGCAUCCUGUGCAGGGUCCCCGCUCUGCGGCUCCGGUGCCCUGCACCCUUCAGGAUGGAGGACCGGAGGAAGAAGCGGAGCCCCAACGCCUGCCUGGCCCAGCCGGCACCCGCUGGGGCCCCGCGGCCACUGCCCCCCAGCAAGAGCACGUCUUUUGCGCUGCCGCUGCCCACCCUGCCCUCGCCCAGGCAGCGUGCCCGGCUCAGGCGAACAAGCAAGGAGCGGGUCCGGGCGGGCGGCGUGGGGGCGGCGCGGGGGGCCCCGCUGCAGCACAGCUUCCUCACCGACGUCUCUGACGUCUGCGAGAUGGAGGGGGGGCUGCUCAGCCUCCUCAGCGACUUCCACUCUGGAAAGCUGCAGGCCUUUGGGAAGGAGUGCUCCUUCGAGCAGCUGGAGCACGUGCGGGAGAUGCAGGAGAAGCUGGCGCGGCUCCACUUCGGCCUCGACGUCUGUGUGGAGGAGCUGCCCGAGGAGCAGAAGAAGGCGGCGGCCGACAGGAACCUGGACCAGCUGCUGGCACACCUGGAGGAGCUCAGCAGCUCCAUGUAUCCUGGGCGUGGGGGGGGGGGGCGAUGGCGGUGACAGUGGUGGCCGUGGUGGCGGUGAAGGGGGAUGGCGCUGGCCCUUGACCCACGCUCAGACAGAAGCUGCACCUGGCCGAGAGCCCCGACCCCGAGGACGCGGCAGCCUGACGAAGCGCCCGGCCCGGCUGGGGGGCGGCCGCCACCGGAGACCCCACGGGAUCGCCACACCGGGGCCACCCCCCCCCCGCGGACGGGCCGACGGAGGCGACACCGGUCGGGCCCUGCGAGGCCAACACCGCCCCCCCCCCGCCGCCAUUUUGGUGGGACCCGCAGUGACGGGGGGCGGGGCCUGGCGGGGCGCGUGCCCGCCCCCCGCCUCGUCGCGGCCGGAUGACGCCAUCAGGGGGCGCCCGGUUGCCGUGGCGGCGGCCAUGGCGGCGCUGGGGCUGCAGGCGGAGGAGCGGCGGCUGCUCCGUGCCGUGACCCGCCUGCAGGCCGGCGUCAGGGGCUACCUGCUGCGGAAGCGGUUUCGGAGCCUGCGGACGGAGUACGAGGAGGUGGUGCGGGAGAUCGAAGGAGACCUGAGCCAGCUGGAGUGGAGGGGACGGUUCCUGCCGCGGCCUGUGUUUGUCCCCGAGAAGCCAACACAAGGGAAGUGUUCAGGUCCGCGGGAGGCUGUGCCAAGCAAUGAGACCAGCGCAGAAAAACUGCAAGAGGAGCCGGACACCUCUGAACCAGAACGGGACUGGGGCUGCAGCAGUGUGAAACCUACAGCCCGGCUGCAAAGCGAGAAAGAAAUGAGCUCCACGGGUGAAGGCGAUGUAGCGAGCCCCCCAAAUCUCAGGGCUGAUGCCGAUAAGUGCACUGAAAAGGGGUGCAGCGCCCCAGCAGAGAGCGAGGACCAGCAGAAUGACAGCAACGUGUCUGCUGUGUGGGACAGCGCUGUCCUGGAGGCAGAAUCCCUGGAAGCCAGCCUGGAAAUUCCACUUGAGGACAUAAAGGAUCUUCCUCAAACUCGGUCUGGUCUCCAGUCCUACAGAAAUCACUUGAUCAUGGAGUUGCUGUGGUUGCAACAAGCUAUCGUCAGCCGUAAAAACUACUUGAUGCUGAAACAGAGGCUGGGCACUCCUGACCCAUAGGAGGGCAUUCCCGAGCAUGUGGGGCACUGAUGUUGGUGCAGAGCUGCAGCACCGCCGUCGUGACAUGACCUCACGGACAGCAGCAGCUUAGGGGAACUCCAGCUCCCUGAGUUGAUGUUUUCCACUUCAGAUGAAUGUGGCAAGAAAGCCUUUUAUUUAUUUCAAAUGGGAAUUUUGGUCAAAGCAAAGAUUAAACGUCACUGUGCAGCCAAGGAGGUGGUUGUGUGUCCUGGAGGGAGUCCCAGGGAGACCUCCUUCCAGAAGAACCCUGUUUCCGUUGGCUGGGCUAGGGGAGAACUCUGGUGGAACUAAAAUGCCUGAAGGCAGCAGAUGCUUUGAACCUGCAGGAACAAGCUCUUCUCCGCUGAUUUGCGGGUGACCCAUAUCGGUAUCUGAGCUGUGUAUUUGGGGUGGCUCUGCAAUAUCUGGGAUCUCCCAAGGGCUCGUGGUAGGCUUUGGGGAAUACCUAGUUGCAAGAAUAAGUUAGGAGGAGAGUUCCCCAACUUUCAUGUGCAGUUGGUGGGGAGCAAUGGCACAUCAAACUUGACCUUCAGGAGAUGAGGCUUGGUUCCCAACUUGCACGUCUCUGGCCACGGUAAUACCUCUCUGUGUGGCAGAGUCACCUGGACUGGUGCUUGAGGGGGCAAGUAAGGACUUACAGGGUUUGGCGCUUUGUCCAUAUGCUGCUGUGGUUCAGGACCAUUCGAGGUCCCUCAGAAAGUUCCCUACUGUGACCCCAAGUCUUCCGUGCAAACGCUCGGCGUUCCUGCUGCCUGAACGGUCGCUCUUGCCAUAUGGCAGAUGUAUCCUUCUGUUCCUCAAUGAUGCCGAUUUGUUUGUGAAUAAAAAGUUUUCCUGACGCUCA